UCCACUCGAGUUUGUGUGGUCGCUGCCGCGGGAACGCGAGCCCGGUAAUUUUUCAGCAGAGAAAGGCGAGGCUUUCGGGCUUGGCCGAGUGAGAGAGCGAGUGGUGGGCUCCAGCAGCUCUCUUCUUACGUGACACGCGGCAUGGAGGAUGAGGAGAGCCACCAGCCCGGCGGCGAGGCCGUGGCUCCCGCGCGGCGCGGGUCGCGGGGGUCGGAGUGCGGGGAGGAGGCGCAGCGCACGAAUCCCGAGAAAAAGCAGCGAUGUAGACUUGAUGGCCAAGAAACAGAAGGAUCUAAGUUCAUUACCUCCAGUGCAAGUGAUUUCAGUGACCCAGUUUACAAAGAGAUUGCUAUUACGAAUGGUUGCAUUAAUAGAAUGAGUAAGGAAGAGCUCAGAGCCAAACUUUCAGAAUUCAAGCUUGAAACCAGAGGUGUAAAGGAUGUACUAAAGAAGAGACUAAAAAACUAUUAUAAGAAGCAGAAGCUGAUGUUGAAAGAGGGCAAUUGUGCUGACAGUUACUAUGACUACAUUUGUGUUAUUGACUUCGAAGCCACUUGUGAAGAGGGUAACCCACCUGAGUUCAUACAUGAAAUAAUUGAAUUUCCUGUUGUUUUACUGAAUACUCAUACCUUAGAAAUAGAAGAUACGUUUCAGCAGUAUGUGAGACCAGAGAUUAACACACAACUUUCUGACUUCUGCAUCAAUCUAACUGGAAUUACUCAGGAUCAGGUAGACAAAGCUGAUACCUUCCCUCAGGUACUGAAAAAAGUCAUUGACUGGAUGAAAUUGAAGGAAUUAGGAACAAAGUAUAAAUAUUCCAUAUUAACAGAUGGUUCAUGGGAUAUGAGUAAGUUCCUGAACAUUCAGUGCCAGCUAAGCAGGCUCAAAUAUCCACCUUUUGCCAAAAAGUGGAUCAAUAUUCGAAAGUCAUAUGGAAACUUUUACAAGGUUCCUAGAAGCCAAACCAAGCUGACAAUAAUGCUUGAAAAACUCGGAAUGGAUUACGAUGGGCGGCCUCACAGUGGUCUUGAUGACUCUAAGAACAUUGCCCGAAUAGCAGUUAGAAUGCUGCAGGAUGGGUGUGAACUCCGGGUUAAUGAGAAGAUGCAUGCAGGGCAGCUAAUGAGUGUGUCCUCUUCACUACCAAUAGAGGGCACUCCAGCGCCACAAAUGCCACAUUCCAGAAAAUAACAGCAUUUUUGUGCUUUUGCCCGUGGAUCAUUCGCUCUAACUGGAGCUGCUACAAAGAGGUAGCAGAUGAAUACUUAUUGAAUUAGUCCUGCAGUGCAAAAUUUAAGCACCUUAAACAUUUAAAAUCUUAUUACAGUUAUAGAUAUAUGCAUAUGUAUGUGAACAGAUUCUGU